AUGUCAAUGCACAAGAAAACAAUAGAAAUAAUACAAAAGGAAAAUUUUAAUCAAUGGAAUGAGGAAGAAUUGGAAAGAAAUUUAUGUAUUUCACAUAUAUAUACAAAAUCAAAAGAGUUUUCUAUUGAUAUUUAUGAACAAGAAAAUAGUGAUAAAUCAAAUAAAGAUAUAAAUAAUAUAUCUUCAAUUACUUUGAGUAAUGAUCAAAUAUUAAGAUCUUUAAGUACAAUGAAGAAAGAGAUUAAUAAUAAGGGUAAUAAAAUUACAAGCAAUUUUCUUACAUCAAAUUUUAUAUCAUCUGAUAUUCUAGAUUCAGAUGACAUUUUUUUUAAUAAUGAAAUAAUAGAAACUAUGAAGGCUUUGUAUUAUUUUAAUUUAUCUAAAAUUGUGAUGUUUUUACAUAAAAUUCACUUGAGAAAAAGAUUAAAUAAAAAAUCAUAUAUGAGUUGUAUUGUAUCAAUAAUUAUUUUAUUUCUUCAGUGUAUAAAUGCAGCUGAAAAAAUUGAAAAUUGUAAGGAAAAAUUAAAAUCUAUAUGUAAUAAUUUUACUGGCGAUUGUAUAUCUCCGUAUAAAAAUUCAAAUGAUCUUUGUGAUACUAUACAUCAUCAUUGUCGUACUUAUGAUAUAGACUUCUCUGGUAUUAUAGACUUCUCUGAUAUUUCACUGUAUCUUUUAAUUGCUUUAGCUUUUUUAGUUGUCCUUAUGAUUGUUUAUAUAGUAAAGAAUAUUACCUAA